ACCAACCGGAGAGACAGAAGGGAAGGAGCCGUUGUCGCCGGCUAUCAGCUUUGUCUUUCACCCUGAAGACACCAGAGUGGGAUGAUUAAAAUGUGUACCAGCGUCCAGCCCGUUGAAUGGACCUCCGACCUCAAAAACCAGAAUUUUGAUGGCAUCGUGUUGGUGACCCAGAGCCAUGACACGCUGCCAUCCGAGCUCGAGUUCCUGAAGGCACCGCUGCAGGACUACAGCUCUGUGGACAGUAGUUUGGGGCAGGAGGUGGUCAUUCUGAAGGUGCCUGGUCUCCCUGGUAACCGCCUGGUCUUUGCCUCCACCGGCCCUUUGAACCGUGACUAUGACGACGUGCGGCGCUUCAGUGAUGCAGCCUGCAACGGCAUCAAGAGGGCCUUGAAGGCCGGCAUGCAGCGCCCCCUGCUAGUCUGCCCCCCCCACAAGGACUACAAGAACAGCAGCAUGGUGGCUGCACUCGGAGCGCUUCAGGCUCUCUACAUGCCCCUGGAAGUGAGGGAGUGGAAUGUGAAAGCGAGCGACCACAAGGUGUGUGUCCUGGGUCUGUGGGCAGCCCAGGAGGCUCAUGGGAAGAGGCUGGUGGAGCUGGCUGACGCCCUGGAGAGCGGCAGACUGGCCUGUCGGGACAUCGGUGGCUCUGACCCUGAACGCAUGGCCGCUCCUCGCGCCGCUGAAUACGUCCAGGAACUCUUCAAGGACAGCCCUGUGAAGGUGGAAGUGGUGAGCAGCGUGAAGGUGCUGGAGAAGGAGUACCCCUGUCUGGCUGCAGUCAACCGCUGUGCCGACAGUGUCCCUCGUCACCAGGGCAGAGUGAUCAAGCUGCAGUACUGCGGAGAGGGGCCGAUCCAGACAACGCUCUUGUUGGUGGGAAAGGGCAUCACCUACGACACAGGCGGAGCCGACAUCAAGGCCGGGGGCUUCAUGGCCGGGAUGCACAGGGACAAGUGUGGAGCUGCUGCUGUGGCCGGCUUCUUCCAGAUUUUAGCCAAGCUGAAGCCAAAACAUCUGAAGGUCAUCGGCUCCAUGGCCAUGGUCCGGAACAGUGUCGGUUCAGACUGCUAUGUGGCCGAUGAGCUGGUGGUCUCCCGUGCGGGCCGCAGAGUGCGAGUGGGAAACACUGAUGCUGAGGGACGCAUGGUGAUGGUGGACCUGCUCUGUGAGAUGAAGGAGAAGGCAGCUACUGAGAAGUGUCCUCAGCUGUUUACCAUCGCUACUCUCACUGGCCACGCCAUCAGAGCCAUGGGACCCGAUUACUCUAUCAUCAUGGAUAACGGGCCAGCCCAUCGCAACAAAAACGCUGCUCAGUGGCAGAAAGGUGAGAGAACUUUAGGAGGAAUUUAACUGUGAAAGUUCAUU